GGGGCCUACAUGGGUUCGUAGCUUCCGCUACGCCAGGUUCUUGGUUCGAGACCCACACGACUGCUGAUGGGCCAGACAAUAUAAAUGUACAAAGCAAUUGAUUUAAAGCUCCAAGCGAUUUGGAUACAUCUCGGCGCCAAAUCGGGGUGUGAGAAACAAUAGUGUGCACAACUGGGGCGGAGUUCCACGCGUCGCCCGGAACUUUUUUUGUUUGUUACUUUGACAGCAGUCGACCUGUCCAGAGAGAGAGAGAGAGAGAGAGAGAAAGAUGAAUUAACUAUCAAGCGCUGUGGAGGAUGAACGGAGGAAAGAAUCGAAAGAUUGUUUGACAUUUAGAAAGGAACGGAGGGAAGACGGAAGGGUGCACGCGUGUGUAGAUGUGUGACAGCGGAGUGUGUGAGGACAAACCCCCCGCCCCCCCCGUCAGGAUGAGCAGCCAAGCAGGAGCCAAGGAGCCUCAGUCAGCCAAUCACAACUCAAAGCCUCUGCCCUCUGUGCCGGAGGAGAGGAAGUCGAGGAACAAGAUCAUCUCCAUGUUUGCCUCCGAAAAGGGCGGGAGGAAGAAGGAUCGUGACAAGGACAGGCCCGAGAUCUCCUCCCCCUCUGACUUUGAACACACCAUCCACGUUGGCUUUGAUGCAGUCACAGGGGAGUUCACAGGUAUGCCAGAGCAGUGGGCCCGUCUACUGCAGACUUCCAACAUCAGUAAGUUGGAACAGAAGCAGAACCCCCAGGCGGUGCUGGACAUCCUCAAGUUCUACGACUCGUCCAGCGGGAAGCAGAAAUACCUCAGCUUCUCUGCCUCAGAUAAAGACCCACAGUCGCCAGGCAAGCAGGCAGGCAAAACCUCGCCGGCAGGUGGCGGCAAGGGCGGCGACGAUGAUGAUGAUGAAGCCCCGCCCCCGAUCGUGGCCCCCAGACCGGAGCACACUAAAUCAGUGUACACCCGGUCGGUGAUCGACCCGCUCCCGGCACCGGAGGGGGAGAAGAACGCAGACAAGCUGAGGAAGAAGGGAGGAAAGAUGACGGACGAAGAGAUCAUGGAGAAGCUCCGUACUAUUGUCAGCAUCGGAGAUCCAAAGAAAAAGUACAUGCGCUACGAAAAGAUCGGCCAGGGGGCCUCUGGAACCGUUUACACGGCCAUAGAUGUUGCUACAGGCCAAGAGGUUGCCAUCAAACAGAUCAACCUGCAGAAGCAGCCGAAGAAGGAGCUGAUCAUCAACGAGAUCUUGGUCAUGAAAGAGAUGAAGAACCCCAAUAUCGUCAAUUUCCUCGACAGUUUUCUUGUCGGAGAUGAGCUGUUUGUCGUCAUGGAGUACCUGGCCGGUGGCUCUUUAACAGACGUUGUCACAGAGACCUGCAUGGAUGAGGCCCAGAUUGCUGCCGUGUGCCGAGAGUGUCUCCAAGCGCUGGAGUUCCUCCACGCCAACCAGGUGAUCCACAGGGACAUCAAGAGUGACAACGUGCUGCUGGGCAUGGACGGCUCCGUCAAGCUGACUGACUUUGGCUUCUGCGCCCAGAUCACCCCCGAGCAGAGCAAGCGUAGCACAAUGGUGGGCACGCCGUACUGGAUGGCCCCGGAGGUGGUGACCCGCAAGGCCUACGGGCCCAAGGUGGACAUCUGGUCCCUGGGCAUCAUGGCCAUCGAGAUGGUGGAGGGGGAGCCGCCUUACCUCAACGAGAACCCUCUGAGGGCUCUGUAUUUGAUCGCUACCAACGGCACGCCUGAGCUCCAGAGCCCAGAGAAGUUGUCCCCGGUGUUCAGGUCCUUCCUGUCUCGCUGCCUGGAGAUGGACGUGGAGAAGCGAGGCGGGGGCAAAGAACUGCUGCAGCAUCCUUUCCUGGAGAUGGCCAAACCUCUGUCCACGCUCACACCACUCAUCCUGGCAGCUAAGGAAGCCAUGAAGAACAACCGCUAACCACUGGCCUACGUCGGCUACCGGGCUAACCCAAUGACUGCUAUGCCAACUUGCAUCUUUGGACCGCUGUAUCUCUCGCAACCUGCUAUCCGUAUAGCGGGCAGCUAAUGAUGUUCUGUGAUUUCUUACAAUUUUACUGACUAUUCUGUAUAUUUUACAACCCCCCCCAGCCCCCCAUGCCAGUCACCAAUAGCUAACACCUUGACCGUGGUUUAGUGGCGUUAGCCAAGUGCCUAUUGAACCUUUUGGGUUAAGAAUAUUUUCAGCGCUAGGUGCCUUUCCGUUAGAGUAUUAUUACCAGUGGCCAUGCACAUACGUCAGACCCUUCCUGUGUCAGUGGGUGAACUUCUAAUGCUUAGAAGGGAACCACCCCGUUUAUUUUUUAAAUAAUAUAAGAGAGUACUGCUUCCUAAAUGUGUUGUUGUGAAACAAUCGCUGUUUGCAACAUCAAGUGUUUCCACAGAAGAGUUUUUCCAUUUACGUCAUUAGUCCAGGAUUUGCGUUUGCCAUUGGCCCAAGUGGAGAAAUUACCUCAAUGGUCCCAACAUUUCAGUCAUUUCUCCACGGAAAUGUAGUCUAUGUUGCCGUGCCGCAUCCUUUACCAACACUCGUAUGAAGCAGUACUCUCUUGUAUUAGAAAACAGCCAAGCUGGACUGUUCCUUUUGCUCAACGUAAAAACAUGAGUUUGAUGUGUGGUUUCAUGUGCCAUCACUUCCAAGGUUAUCAUAAUCACCACUUCGCCGGAGUUUAGCUCAACCAGUAUUUUCACGAUUGUCCUGAGUCUGACCGACCUAGCACCGACAAUCAGUUAUUCCUGCAUUCAAACACUCAAGGUGUAGAAACCAAAACAAUUUCAUUUUUGUGGUCCAACUGAAAGACUGGGGAACUCAGUCCUCGUCAACGUUAUCAAAUGAAAGAUGUUCAACCGCCUGUUUUGUUAUCGAGAAAUUAUACACGCUCUUUACCUUUUUUCGUUUCAUGCCUUCAAUUUCAUUCUUUUCACAAUGAAACCAGUUUUUGAAAGCAUUACUGGAGGAAGAUUUGUUUUGUAUAUUUUGUAAUGUUUUCUGCCAUCUCUAACGUUUUAGAUAACUUUUCUUUCUAAAGUAAUUGUCACCAUCAGUUGAGCUGCCUCUGCAACGCAUGGUUCAAAGAACAGAAACAUGCUGGUCUUAACACUUUUCACAACAAGAGGACCAAAUGCAAACACUCAAAGCAUGCUAAUGCUAUGUGGUGGAUUGACAAUCAGAUUUGUAUUAAAUCUGCACAAACUGCAGGAUUGCAAAUAUACUCUUCCAAGAGUAUAUGCUACUCUUCUUUAGUUAUAAGGAUCAUUAAUGACAUGUAUUCAUAUAAUGGACCAUCAAGUGACACUUUGCUGUCCAGUCAGAGAGCACACAUUCCAUUUAGAAGUUCAAAACGUGAUUGAUAUGAUAGUAGCUUCAACGCUGUUGAAUCAAAAGCAUACUCCGCCUGAAUCUGUAAGUUAUUAUUAAAGAUGGACCGGAACAGUU